AUGACGUCGCGCCUCAGCAGCAUGUUCGGUUCCAGCAAGGAUGCUGGGUCGAAGCAGACCAACGGCGAGAUUGUCAAGGCUGCCAGAGCCCCCAACGGCACCGACACCGCGAACGGUCGCCCUACACCUGUGCGCCAGGGCUCGGUCUCGAAGGCCCCCAAAGAGCCUGCACCGUACAAGCGCUUCUGGACCAACGACGAGGGCGGCCACGAGCACCACCUCAAGGUCGCUAAACGUCAGGAGAAGCUGUCCGACAUGUUCCAGAGUUUGAUGUUGGGCAAGAAGAAGGAGGAUAACCCCGCCGACCAGCCCCUCAGUCUCAUGUCGAACUGGGUUGACGUCAUGCGCAACGAAAAAGAAAAGCUUGCCGAAGCCAAGAACUCGACCAACCUGCCGCAGACACUGGUGCAGAAGUACGGCAAGUGUCAAGAAGUUGUUGGGCGAGGAGCUUUUGGUAUCGUCCGCGUUGCCCACAAGCAGGAUCCUAAGGACUCGAAGCGGGAGCAGCUCUACGCUGUGAAGGAAUUCAAGCAGCGCCCCAACGAGUCUGCCAAGAAGUAUCAGAAACGCCUCACCUCCGAGUUCUGCAUAUCCUCGUCUAUGCAGCACCCCAACGUCAUCACCACUCUUGACCUGCUCCAGGAUGAGAAGGGUGUCUACUGCGAGGUCAUGGAGUACUGUUCUGGGGGCGAUCUGUAUACCCUUGUGCUUGCCGCUGGACAGCUCGAGGUUGCCGAAGCCGACUGCUUCUUCAAGCAGUUGAUGCGAGGUGUCGAGUACAUGCACGAGAUGGGUGUUGCGCAUCGCGACCUCAAGCCUGAGAACCUCCUUCUGACGACCCACGGUUCGAUCAAGAUCACCGAUUUCGGCAAUGGCGAGUGCUUCCGAAUGGCUUGGGAGAAGGAAGCCCACAUGACCGCUGGUCUCUGCGGAUCGGCCCCAUACAUCGCUCCUGAGGAGUACGUGGACAAGGAGUUCGACCCUCGCGCUGUCGAUGUAUGGGCUUGCGGUAUCAUCUACAUGGCCAUGAGGACUGGUCGCCAUCUCUGGCGUGUUGCUCAAAAGGGCGAGGAUGAGUUCUUCGACCGCUACCUCGAGGACCGGAAAGAGGAAGAGGGCUACCGGCCCAUCGAAGUCCUGCGAAGGCGUCAGUGCCGUAAUGUGAUCUACUCGAUCCUCGACCCAAUCCCUGCACGCCGUCUUACAGGGCAUCAAGUUCUUGCCUCCGAGUGGGUUUCGGAGAUCAAAGUCUGCCAUGCAGGCAACGAAGGCUUCUAG